GUCAAGGUCUCGAUCUCAUUCUUUAUUUGUUGUACAUACAUGUUUAUAUGUACAAAGGAAGUCCUGAAACAGGGGAAAAUCAGUAAACCUGUGGUUGCUUGGGUCAGUGGAACUUGUGCACGUCUCUUCAAGUCAGAAGUACAAUUUGGUCAUGCGGGAGCCAAAAGUGGUGGUGAGAUGGAGUCUGCACAAGCCAAGAAUCAAGCACUUCACGAUGCUGGAGCUGUUGUCCCAACUUCAUUUGAAGCAUUUGAAACUGUGAUUAAAGAAACAUUUGAGAAGCUGGUAAGCUGUUGCACAUCUCAUACCCAUUACUGCCAUUAUGUAGGCAUUCCUCACUACCACCAGUUUUAG